UUCAUUUUGUUGCACGUCAACGGUGUUGGUUCAUUUUUUUCAAAAUAGAAUCGCACAGUCCAACAAUUACAUUCGGUUCUCAAUGACACUAAGAAAAACACAUAGUGCCGUUUCUCGAUCUCGCUGAAACCGUCCCGUCCGCGAUGCUUUGACGAAAAGUGCACCGCCGCUGAAUCAAGCUGCAUUUAUAUCGUAAACAAGUUGGGUCUUCUCCCGUUUGACAGGGCACACCGGAACAAAAGUGUCAGAAACCAUCUGAGAAUGUCCGCCACUGAAACUACGGUCAUUUUCGCGAAACUCGAGGCGCUAAAAGAUAUCAAAGCAAAAACUCUUCAGCUAGAGAAAAUGAAGCAGAGGAUCUUACACGAAGUGGAACAGACUGAGCAAGAAGAGAAAUGUUUGCUGGAAUACAAACAGGAAAUGGAUCUUCUUAUGCAAGAAAAAAUGGCACAUGUAGAAGAAUUACGGCAAAUCCAUGCAGAUAUUAAUGCGAUGGAAGCUGUUAUUAAACAGGCAGAGGAAGCCAGAAAUAAAUCCAGGGAAACUGCAAAGUUGAUUCAUAAUAAUGAUUAUCAACCUUUGAAACAUGAUAUUGAUCGUAUGCGCAGAGAAUUCCUAGGAUUAGAAAGGUUACCAGAGUUAUAUGAAACAGAAUCAGAUCUCAUUUCACCAGAAUGGUUUGUCCGCAGCUAUUUCGACCGUCCUAUGCAGAAAGCAGAAUGGAGGGUGGAAGUACGGGGUGAAGAUUUAUUACCUCCACUCUCUUUACACCAUCACGGUCACCCAGGUGGUUCCACAACUUUCCUUGCCCCUCAACCCCUUCAAGGUCCAAGUAAACCAGAACCAAGACCAUUACCCCCAGCGCCAGGUCCACCAGCUCCAACAUUCAGGUACCACUGGCAACAACCACCCCCAAUGAAAUCAUGUUUAUCUUGCCAUCAACAAAUUCACAGAAAUGCCCCCAUUUGUCCUCUUUGUAAAGCUAAAUCUCGAUCACGUAAUCCUAAAAAGCCAAAGAAGAAAGACUAA